AUGACUUCUUGUGUAUCCUAUUCGCCUCCUACUGAUCCUAUACAUCCCGUACUCGCCGCCUUUGCCGCUGGCUUGCUCGCGGGCCUCUCCUUCUCAGCCUCAUCUCUUUCGGGCCCUCCUACGCUUGCAACAGCCUCGUGCAGCGAGUCGGACGGCUCGAGCAGCCCACAAGUGCACUCUGAGUCCAACACGCGCGCCAGCACCCCGUCCACAGCGCCGUCAACACCCGCCAGCUCACUCGGACCGCCUUCCAUCGCAUCGGACUACGGUUCUCUCCCGUACAGCACUUCGGCGCUCGAGGAGAGGCAGUACCUCAAGUUGGCACACUCCGUGAUCGAGCACGGCGAGCUGCGCAGCCAGGUCAAGGGUGGGACGGGCGCGCGGGCCAUCUUCGCCCCCGACCCUCUGCGCUUCUCCCUCUCCCGCCCAGUCGACCCGACCAACCUCUUCAGCCCGCUCGAGAACGUCAUCCCGCUCCUGACGACCAAGCGAAUGCCGUUCGGAGUGAUCAGGGAGGAGUUCGCGUGGAUGGUGCGUGGCGAGACGGAUGCGAAGGUCCUCGAGGUCAAGGGCGUGAAAGUCUGGACGGAGAACUCGUCGCGCGACUACCUCGACUCGCGCGGCUUGGAACAUCUCGAGGAAGGCGACAUCGGGCCGGCGUACGGGUUCCAGUGGCGGCAUGCGGGCGCCGAGUAUCGCGGAUGCGAGGCGGACUACAAAGGCGAGGGGGUCGACCAGCUCGCUCGGAUUAUUCGCUCUCUGCUCGAGACGCCUCAGAAGCGCAAGCACGUCCUCGUCGCUUGGUCUUCAGCAGAUGUCGACGACAUGGCCGUGCCGCCGUGCCCCAUCCUGCACCAGUUCUACCUGCACGAGCCGGUCCGUUCGCUCCUCCCCGUCGACCCCAAGCCGCGCCUUUCCUGCGUCGUCUACCAACGAUCCGCCGACGUCUGCCUUGGCCUCCCCUUCGACAUCGUCAACGCCGCUCUCCUCACGCACCUCAUCGCGCACAUGACCGGCAGCGUCGCCGACCAGCUCACCUACUUUAUCGGCGAUGCGCACGUCUAUCUCGACCAUGAGCCGGCUUUGCGCGAGCAACUCGCACGCCCGCUCGUCCACGACUUCCCGACUGUCACGAUUGUUCGCUCGCGAGAAGAAAUAGAACGGGAAGGCGGCUUCGACAGCAUCGUCGGCGAGGACUUCAAGCUUGGCGAAUACGAAGCGGCGCCGAAGCUCUCCUUCAAGCUGCACCCCUGA